GUCCGCCCCAUCCAGCUCACCAAACCAGCUCCCUAAAUCCGGAUCUUAGCAACCCAGGAAAAAAGAAACAUCUAAUCCAGCAAUUAAAACUCGGCAAACCCCAAACCCAACAAUCUGUUACCACAAAUCCAGAAAAACGGAUCCCCAACUACAAAGAGAAAUUGAAGGAAAUGGUUCUGUAAAAAUAACAAUAAUGCUAGUAAUCUUUUGCAUCAAAUCCACAUAGCCAGUAAUCUGUAAAAAUAACAACAAAGGCCUAAUCCAGAAACCCCCAAACCCAGCUUCCCUAUAUAAUGUUUGUUCUGCGUAAAAAAAAAGUAUGCUCAUCGCCAAAUCGAGGUUUGCCACCGAUCGGUAGUACUCUUUACUUCACCGGAUCCAAGUUGCUUUGGCUCCAUAUCCUUCGUCGGUGGCUUGAUUCCCAGUAGAUGGACCUUCUCUGACCAUUGGGUUGUACGGAGGAAAUCGAGUGGCGGCACACCCAGAUUGUGAAUUGGGAGGGAAUUGUUGAUGGCGAGCUAUGUUCCGGCGAGGUCUUCGCUCCCACCCUCAAUCGUUGUAAGGUCAUUGUUGGAUCUUCGCAAAGAAGCAUAUUGGGAGAGUGCAGCUAAGGAAUCCAGAUCGUUGUACACAGUAGGGACAAUGGCGAUUCUUGUUGGAAGUGCAGGGACGACGAUUCUUGCUGGAGAUGCAGGGACGACGACUUUUGAUGGAGGUGAAGGGGAAGGGAAGGAGUUGAGAGGUAGAGUGGAGGAUUGAGGAGACGUUUCAGAUUCAAAUGUGAAAUUUCAAUGAUGCAGGAGGAGUUUCAGAUUUGUUCAAUUGGAAGAGGGAGGGAGGUAGGUUUCCAAUUUCAAUCGAAAGAGAUAGGGUUACAAGAGUAAGGUGGGAGAAUGGAAAAAGUAGAGGAAAAUUUUUCAUUUCCGCCAAAAUGAAAUUUUGAGCCAAACAAAUCAAAAUCUCUCGGCCAAAACAAUCAACAUGAAAUUUUCAG